UUCUGUGAAAACGGGUUAAGAAUGGCUUCUUGGCAAAAUGAACAUCUCUUCCUAUCCACAAAACUGGAAUAUUUGAUGAAGUCCAAAUGUCUGUCUGAUGUAAUAUUCGUUGUGGGCAAGCCUCCUGAACAAGUCCAAUUUCCUUCUCAUAAACUUCUCCUUAGUAUCUACAGUGAUGUACUUCAGGCCAUGUUUUGUAAUUAUUCGGAGACGAAUAACGCAGCUGUUCAGAUUAUCAACGUCGAGGAUACAGAAGUGAAUAUUUUUGAACAACUGCUCAUAUUUAUUUACACAGAAAAGAUUGAUGUCGAUUAUUUACCCGACGUAUUUAAAGUUUAUUAUUUAGCAGAAAAAUACAAUAUAUAUCCUUUAAUGUUCCAUUGUAUGACAAUAAUGGAAGCGGAACUCGCUGCAGAUAAUGUUUGUAUUGCCUAUCACAUAUCACUUCUUAAUAAAGACAAAGAUUUGGCUAAAAACUGUGCAGAAAUAAUAAAAAAUGAAACGGUAGCAGUGCUGAAUUCUAACGCUUUUUUGAAAUCAUCUGUUGAAGUAGUGGAAAAAAUCGUAUCUUUCGAUUUUCUUAAAAUCCCAAAUGAACUUUUUCUCUUUGAAGCCAUUCUGAAAUGGGUUAAAGAAUUUGCUAAGAGAAAAUGUAAAACACCAAUACCUAGUGUUUCAAGAAAGAUAUUGAGAUGUAUUUUGCCUCAUAUAAGAUUUCUUACCAUGACUCGUGAUGAACUAUUUAGCAGUCCGGCAUCGAGCGAAAUUUUGCUAAAGGAGGAGAUCGCGGCCAUAGCUAUGCAUAUAUCCCAUCCAAAACUGUUUCCUGCUUUGCCAAAAUGGUGCAACUGGAAGUAUAAAAAUAGAAUUGAAGAGGAUAAAAUAGUUGAAAAGUCGUUUAAAUUUUGCAAUUCAUACAAAUUAGAUAACAAACUUUCGAACGGAGAUGCAAAAAUAAUUAUGAAAUGUUUCAUUAAGCCAUAUGUGACAGAUAUUAAAUUGAAUGUUCUCACUUUAUGCUGUGAAAAAUUGACAAAUGCUCCAGACAUCUAUAUUGGCGAACAAACUGAAACUCCUCGAUUGGCAGAGUUUAAGGAAGCGAAAAAUGAUAAAUCCGAUUCAAAAUAUACGAUUGAAUUUAUAAAACCAAUUACAAUGAAGAAGAAUUUGAAUUACUAUGUCAAAGUAUUAAGUAAAGAAUCCGUGAUCGUGUGCGAAGAAUCGAUUUGCUGCGAUAAAUUAUAUAAUGCUUUCUAUCUGGGUGUAAUUUAUGUUCAGAAUAGUAAUUGUCAUUUGUGUAGCAUUUCGUUUUCAGUUGUUAAAGAAAAUAAUUUCAAAGAUUUACAAAAUAAUAAAGAGAAACCUAUAAUGAACGAAAACAUAAUAGUUAAAAAUGCUAUUGAUACAGGAGUAUUGUUAAAUAAUCACAAAUCUUCUAGCAAAGCAGAAAAGCCUCUUCUGAAUAACAACAAUUUUUCAACUAUUUCAAUCCCUGAUAUUACUAAAUUGAGGAAACCUCAAAUAUUACAAUUGGAUGACCAAGCGCUUAAACUUGACUCUACCACGCAGGAAGAACGCAAUGCGCACCUCGUAGAAGCCAUGAAAAAGUUGUCGAUGGUAAUCCCUUCCCAAAUACCUGUAAGCCUGACCGAUACACCCAAAGGCUUGUUUAACGAAAAUCAGCACUAACGUAAGAAAACAAGACUACAAUGCGCCAACGCAACGCAAUCAUAGACUACAGACGACAUGAUGAAAUUGCAUUGAUCAUGGAGGUGAUGCUGGAACUUUACCUGGCGCCGUUCUCAUGUAGCUUAAAAAAGGAUGAUUACCUACAAAAAACGACAAAAUUUCCUAGCUAUGGUGAUUUCUAGUAACUGUGAACGAAUCAAAAGGCUGCAAUUCGCGCUUAAAAAAAAGUGGAAUAUUGCAAGAAAUUCACGACUUUCUAGUAAAAAAAGAUUAACGAGAACAUUUAUUAGCUUACAUACAUACGACUUGAAUCUUACACAAAAGGCAUCUGCUAUCAUGAACAAUUGACGAAAUAAAAGUAUACAUUUAUCAGAUAAUAGACAAAGACUCAGUUUGUAAGCAAUUUACCUUUUGUAUAUACAACUGACAAGGUUAUCUUUCAAAUUAUAAACAGACUCGAUCCUGAGCGGUCUUUUUACAAAAAAUGAACAGAUAGCGCCUAACUCAAGCGCGGUUUACAAUAACGAAUAUGAUUAAUCUUAAUACUAGCUCAGUUGUUAUUUGGAGUUGCAUGUCGGGUAAAGGACCAGGCAUCUGGUUGAUGCAGGAAUGAAUAGUCAAGCUGUUCAUUCUUACAUUAAUUCCCAGAUAUACGUUUACGUUUUGGAGAAAUUUCUUACUCCAUCCAUCGAAAAUAUGUUUGGUGGUAAUGAUAUCAUUUUCCAAAAUGACAACGCGUCUUGUCAUAGGGCUCGAACCGCUAACAAUUCCUUCACCAACAAAACUUCAAUACAAUACAAAGAAAUGUAAACGAUUGGAAUAUUUUUAUUGUAUCAAUAAUAUCUAAUAUCGUUUAGUUAUCUAAAUGCUAUAUUUGCUAAAUAAAAAAUGCAAAAUAUCCGAGUUUUUAUGAGUUUUUACUGAAAGUUCGUUGGAUUGAUUUUUAGUCUGAAUAGUAAUAAU